AUGACAAACGAUAUAAAUUUAAAUAAUGAACAGGCCUUCGAUGAUGAAGAAAAACGGGAAGAAGGUCCGUUUGCUAUUUUAAGCACACAAAGAAAAGAAAGUACAGCACUUACAAAUGAUACUAAUUAUAGCAUAGAGAAUAAUAAUACAGAUUUAUGUUUAAAAAAAAGUAAUAAAAGAAUAAUAAUUGAAAAAUUAAUACUUGAAAAUUUUAAAAGUUAUUCAGGAAUAAAAAUAAUUGGACCAUUUUAUAAAAAAUUUAGUUGUAUAGUUGGUCCAAAUGGAAGUGGGAAAAGUAAUAUCAUUGAUGCUAUGCUUUUUGUUUUUGGACGACGAGCAAAAAAAAUUCGACAAAAUAAAUUAUCGGAUCUUAUUCAUAAUUCAAAAUAUUCAACAAAUAAUGAGUAUACAAAAGUGUCGAUAUAUUUUAAGACAAUUAUAGACAAGCCCGAUGAAGAAGGGGACCCAGACGAUAAUGGUGAAAAUGAUGAGCAUGUUGAAAGUUUUGAAAAUGAUGAGUCGGGACCUCACGAUUUUGUAAUUAGUCGUGAAGCUACGAUAGAUAAUCAAUCAAAAUAUAGAAUUGACGGUAAAGUUGUUACACAAAAAGAUGUGUUUGAUUUGCUUUAUAAAAAGGGAAUCGAUUUAAGCAAUAACCGUUUUUUAAUAUUACAAGGAGAAGUAGAACAGAUUGCACAAAUGAAUCCGAAGGGUAAUAAAAACGAAGAAGGAUUACUCGAAUAUUUGGAAGAUAUUAUUGGUACAAAUAAAUAUAUAGAUGAUAUAAAUUCUAGUUUAGAAAAUUUUGAAAAAAGUGAAGAAAUUUAUCAUGAAAAAGUUAAUCGAUUAAAACAUGUUUAUAAUGAAUUAAAAGAAUUGGCAUCUCCAAGAAAAGAAGCACAAUAUUAUAUGGAUUUACAAAAAAAUACUUACAAACUAAAUAUAAUAAGCUUAAAGAAAGAUAGAUAUGAAUUUGGAAAAAUCAUAUAUAAUAAAGAAAAAGAGCAUGAAGAAUAUGUCAAAAUUAAAGAUAGUCAUAAUUCAGAAUAUAAUAAAUUAUUAGAAGACCGAAAAGAAAUAAAUACUAUUCUUAAUAACUUAGAAAAUGAAGAAGAUCAGAUUAUUAAAAAAAAAAAUAAAACUGAUUCGGAAUUUAAAAAACUAACACAAAGUGAUGAAAAUAUUAAAAAGGAACUAGUGACAAUUGUUGAAAAAUUGCAAAGUAUAUAUGUAAAAAGAGAAGAAUUAAAAAAAAAAAAAAUUCCUUUAUAUAAAAAAACUAUAGAAGAAAAACAAAAUAUUCUUAGUGAAAUAAAAAAAAACAAACUUCCAAAAUUAGAACAAGAAGUAGAAAAAUGUGAAGAAGAAUUAGAUAAAUAUAAUGAAGAAAUAAAAAAAGAUAUAGACAAAAUUAAUGAAGUAUAUUCAAAUGAAGAAAAAAAGUUAGCACCGUUACAGAACCGUUAUGAUUGUGUAAUUAAGGAUAUAUCAGAGUGCAUAACAAAAUGUAAUAUUAUUGAAAAAAAAAAAAGAGAAUAUAGAGAUCAUGUAGAAAAUUUAGAAUAUAUUCAAUCAAAAAUAUUGAAUGAAAUUAAAGAAAAAGACAUACAAAUAAAACAUAUGGUUUCAAUGCAACAAGACAAAGAAAAUGAGCUAGCCAAAAAAGAAAAAGAUUUACAAAAUUUAGAUAAAAAAAUUGAAGAAGUUAAUAAAAAUUUAGUCAAUGAAACAGUUGCAUAUGAAACUAUAAAAAAGGAAUUAGUUACUAAUAAAACGACUAGCAAGUUACAUGAAUUUGUUUAUAAUUUAAAAAAAAAUAAAAUUAAAGGAAUACAUGGAAUGUUAAACGAUUUAGGAUAUAUAGAUAAAAAAUAUGAAAAAGCAUUAUUAAUAGCUGGAAAUAAUUAUUCUGAUCUUGUAGUAGUACAAAAUCCAAAUGAUGCGAUACUUUUAUUUGAAGAAGUUAGAAAAGCCAACUUAGGAAGAAUAAAUGUUUUAUCAUUAUCAAUAUUAGAAAAAAAUUUGAAACCAAUUAUGUUAAAUAAUGAACAAAAUUAUACCCCAAUACUUCCAAAUGUUCAUAGAUUAAUAGACUUUGUAAAAUUUAAAAAUAAUAUAUAUAAAAUAUGUUUUUAUCAUAUUUUAAAAGAAACACUUUUAGCAAAUACUCUUGAUGAAGCACACAUUAUUGGGUAUACACACAAAAAAAGAGUUGUCACAUUAAAUGGUGAACUAAUUGAAAAUGAUGGUAGAAUUUGUGGAGGAGGUAUUGGUAUGGGUUCUAGUCAUCCUGGUAUGAAUGGAAAAUCAAAAUAUGGACCUAGAAGUAGUAUCAAAACAACAGAAUAUGAUGAAUCUGAUUUAAUUAAAAUUGAAAAAUCUAUUAAAGAAAUUAAUAAAAAUGUAGAACAACUAAAAGCAGAAAGAAAUAUUUUAUUUUCAGACAUUAAAAGUAUAAAUUCAUUUAUUGAAGAUAAUGAAUGUAAAACAGAAAUUGCAAAUAAAAGAAGUGAAAACUUAAAGAAACAAUUAAAAGAUAUUGAUGACCAGUUAGAAAAUUCACAAGUACCAGAAUUAACAAGAGAAGAAGAGUCUGAAUUAAAAUCACUCAAAGAAUUGAUUGAGAAAAAAAAUAAUGAAAGAGAUAAAAUUGAUAUUUUAUUAAAAGAACAGGAAAGUAAAGUUAAAAAAUAUUAUGAUGAAUUACAAAAUGUAGGAGGAGAAAAAAAAAAAAAAUUAAAAUCAAAACUUAUGACUGCAGAAAGACAAUUAAAUUUAACAAAAGAAGAAUUAGAAAAACAUAGUAGUGAAGAAAUAAAUGCCUUAGCAGAUUUAGAAAAAGGCAAAAAAGAUAUUCUUAAAUUUACUGAAGAAAUUGAAGAAUAUGAAAAAAAUGAAAAAGAAUUAGAACAAGAAUUAAGUAAUAUUGAAACAAAAGGAUGUACUAUAUAUGACGAAUUAAAUAAUUUGGAAAAAGAACUAAAUAAAAUGCAAGCCAAAAUUGAAGAAAAUAAAAAAAAAAAACAAAUUGUAGAUGAAAGUAUAUCAAAAAAAGAUUUAGAAAAUGUAGACAUUUUAUAUAAAAUUGAAAAUAUUGAAAAAGAAAUAAAACAAUAUCUUGCAAAAAAAGAUCAAUACGAACUUAAAAUUAAAGAAUAUAUGGAUCUAAUUGAACAAUCUGAUAAAGUUAUAUUAGAAAAUAUGACUCUUUCUGUAAAAGACGAUACUCAAAAUGAUGAGACAGCUGAAGGAGAAUCUCCUGAAAAUGAAACAGAAAGUGAUGGUGAUACAGAUUACAGUGGUAGUAGUGAAUAUGAAGAAGAAAGUACUUGGGAUGAUGCAGAAGAUGAAGAAAAGGGUGAACAACUUUGUUUAACUGAUGGUGUAGAUCCAAAUGUUAAUGAUGAAGAAGGAAAAAAAAGAAAACGAAAAAAAAAAAAAAAAAAAGAAGAAGAUGAAGACGAAGAACAUGAUUUGAGAGAACUAGAAGACAUGCUUCAUGAUAACAAUGAAAUAAAUGAUGCCGAAAAUGAAUAUGAUUAUUUAAAUAUAAAAGAUGAAGAAUUAGAAGUAUUAAAUAAAAAAGAAAUUGAAGCAAAAAUUGAGCAUAAAUUACAUAUAUGUGAAAAAAAAGCACCAAAUUUAAAAGUGUUUCAAGAUUAUAAUCUAAAAUUACAUGAUUAUAAAAAAAGAAGAAAAGAUGUAAAAAAAUCAAAAAAAGAAAAAGAUAAAAUAAGAAAAGUUUAUGAUAAUUUAUGUGAUAAAAGAAGAAAAGAAUUUUUAGCUGCUUUUAAUAUUAUUUCAUGUAAAUUAAAAGAAAUGUAUCAAAUGAUUGCAAUAGGAGGUGAUGCAGAAUUAGAAAUUAUUGAUUCUUCAGAAAUUUUUAAUGAAGGUAUAUUAUUUUCAGUUAGACCUCCUAAAAAAAGUUGGAAACAUAUACAAAAUUUAUCAGGAGGAGAAAAAACAUUAAGCUCAUUGGCUUUAGUUUUUGCUCUACAUUAUUUUAAACCUAAUCCUAUUUAUUUUAUGGACGAAAUAGAUGCUGCUUUAGAUUUUAAAAAUGUCUCAAUUAUAUCUCACUAUAUUAAAACAAAAACUAGCGAUGCUCAAUUUAUUGUCAUUUCACUUAGAAAUCAAAUGUUUGAGUUGUGUGAUCGAAUGGUGGGUAUAUAUAAAACAAACGACAUAACUAAGUGCAUAACUCUAAAUCCAUACAAAAUUCAGGAUAAUAAAAAGAGAAAGGGUGAAAUUGCGCAAGCAUAA